CAGGAUGAUAAUUUAGUUAUGCGCCCAAGGCUGACUGUGCAACAUCAUUGUGAGAGAAGCAUGGGUGAUUGGAACUUGUGUGGAUUACACUCAGGAAGUCUGAAUAAUGUGAAAAGUGGUUUGGCCGUCAGAUCUUGAUAAGAAGGGGGUAGUUGCAGGCCGAUGAUGGAAAGAAGAUAAAUGAGAGAAAUGCUGGAACCUCUUUGUCCUUUUUUCUUAAAGAUGUCUCUUGUUUCACUCCAAUCUUUCUUGGUCUUCCAUAUCGUCAAAGUAGAGGACAGAAGAGACGAACCAUCCUGAUGUUCCCACAUUGCAAGAGAAAAAAGGAAGAACCCACAGCCAAAAUCACUUUCUCCAAUCACCAAAAGCAAGGCGGCUACGUAUGGCAAGUCUCAGAAGUAGAUCCACAUUGCUUACAAAACAACACAUCUGCACAAGAUGGAAAGCAAGAAAAUAACGACAGCUCUUCGAUUCCAAGGAAGAUUAUCUCAAUUUCAAAAUCAAUUGCAUUCAAAUUAUUGAUUAAAAAUAAUUGGGUACAACCAAUAGCGUAUCAUUAAAGCGAAGAAAGAAGAAAAAGACAUGAAAAUGAAUAAGCUUUUUAUCAUGUAUAUUGAUAUGUUUGGAUUGGCCAUGGUUAUGUGCGCAAAGUUGCACUCAUUAUCGGAAUCAUCAUUUUCACCAUCCCGACCGUCUCCACUUUUCGGAGACAACGUACCCUAUCGAUAUCAUCCAAGGUUACAGAAGCAAGAACGAUACCAUCUAAAUCCCAUUAGAAAAUCCCGAAGAAGCGACGAAAAAUUAACCAAGACACAUCUAAAAAGAUAUGGUAUAAACCUGAUUUCAUCAAUCUUCCGAUGGCCUCAAAAAUCUAGAGGAGCUAACAAGCAUUAUUUGCACAACCAAUUAAGGCCAAUUCGAUAUCCUGAUGAUCGUGCAAGAAGAGCCGAACGAUCUGUUGAUACAAAAGAUCAGUCUGUUCAUGAAGGAUCGAAAACUGAAGAGCCUCUUGCGAAACAUGAGCAAGACAAACUGCAGCAAGCGGCUGGGCUUAAUCACAUACCAGGCUUUUCAUCUUCAGAGGAGAAAUUGUUAGAAUACACGUACGACAGCUCUUCAGAUCUUGAUAAUAUAUUGGUGCAAGACCCAAGUGACUACUCCGAUGAAGCAAAGGAAGGUACCGAAGAUGACGACAAUGGCAGAAGCCGUUCUGGAUCAAAGAAUCGACGACAUCGCCCAAGAUUGGAUAUUGUGACUAAGCUCCUUCGAAUAGUCGAAUCACAAGCUCUCCAAGGUGCCAAUUGUACUCCAGGGACAGACUUAAAUCUUGGCGAUAAAGUAGUGAAUCGUUAUGCCCAAGAACGUUUCCAUCAAGCUGCCCGGGUUGCAGUGAAUAGGGCGAACUGGUUGACGAGAAUGUGGAAGUACGCCCCAGAAGUGAUUGGACAGUCUGAGUAUCUUCUUCACACCUCUAUAAUGUCAAUGGUGGAAUUCAACGAGGAUAUUUUUGCAGCUGGGAACUGCUAUGACGCUGAAGAAUAUAAAAGUUACUUCCUUUUUUGUCCUUACGCCUAUCGACUUCCAGAGGGUCCUAUUUUGGCAAAGGAUCUCGCUAUCGAGUACAAAUAUCUGAGCAAUACGUCUGAAUGGUUCUUUAUAGCCAGAAAGGAAGCUGAAAAAGUCAUAGAGAUGGGAAAGUCCUUGAAAAUCGGUUAUCACACAUACCCUUUCAACGCCACUGCCCACACUAGCCGGGAAACUGAUAUGAUAUUAAGGGUUGCUUACGAGGAUGGAGCUUGGUCCAAGCCCUAUUAUGAUUGUGGAGGGGGAAAUAUUUGGAUGAUGACUUACACUGUGCCUUUCUUUGGCUUCGAGAAUGGGAAAUACUUUUUUAAAGGGACAAGCGGAAUUGAUAUUGACUUACGGCGAGUCGACAUCAACCAAUGUAAAGGGCCAAUAGGGGCUGGUACCUUGAAUAUUUUUGGAGGGACAGACAAGUGCAAAACUGAAUCCACAAUGUGCCAACCAAUAUCAGGCCUAGGAUUUAGGCGUGGAAGUUACAAAUGUGUUUGUAAAAUUGGCUAUUAUUUUUCUGACGCGUCUUCUCACAAUAAGUUCUUCAAUGGAACAACACUUGAAGAAGAAUAUGCCAAAAUAUUAGAGGGAGAAAAAAGCAUAUAUGAAGAUGACACCGCCUUUCAAUGUCUGAAAUGCGCUCCUGGGUGCGAGGAAUGUGUGGACCCAAGCCCAUGUAUUGUUUCCCUAAAUUGGGUGCUUCGUAGUAUCCUCCUCAUUCUUCAAUGCAUCAUCAUCGGCUGCCUCCCUAUCGUUGUUCUCUUCACCUACAAGUACAAGAACAUCAAGGUAGUCAGGGCUGCUAGCCCACUGCUCUUGAGGAUCAUCAUUCUUGGGGCCUUUUUCAUUUAUAGCACGACUAUUGUAUUAUAUCCGGUACCAAAUAUUGUUACUUGUACAAUGAGAAUUUGGUUGCGAGAGAUUGGAUUUGCUUUGUCCUAUGGUGCAUUGAUGCUGAAAACCUGGAGGAUAUCUGUGAUUUUCAGAGUUCGAUCUGCAAAGGCUAUAAAGAUAACUGAUAUGGAUUUAAUAAAACGAUUAGGAAUCAUUGUGGGAAUCUUUGUCCUCUGUCUUCUAAUUCGAACCUUAGUCUCUCCACCAGUGGUUAUAGUCGGACGGACAGCGGAAAAUCUAAAGGCAUUCCUCUGUCAAUCUGAUUGGUGGGACCAUUCUUUCACAAUUUUGGAAUUUCUGUUUCUUCUAUGGGGAAUUCGUCUAUGCAUAAUGGUUCGUAAAGCUCCAUCAGAGUUCAAUGAAAGCCGCUUCAUUUCGAUGACAAUUUACAACGAAUUCUUGCUAUCCAUAUUCUUGAAUGUGUCAAUGUUCUUCCUUCAACACCCGGCUAACCCUGAUUUAUUAUACAUUAUCUUCUUCUGUCAUAGCCAACUGACCAUUACUAUUCUCUUGUGCUUGAUUUUUGCGAGUAAGUUUUAUUUAGUUGUUAAAGGGCACGGCAAACCGGACGAAGGUACACUAUCAAAGAAUGGUCCUGGAAAAUUUCUCGCCUCCAAAGUCAGAGCUGCUCAUGCUUCUUUGUCCCAACAAUCCAACCCUACAAUUGGCCAAGUCAGCUCGUUGUGCAAUGAUGGAAUAUUAUCAGAAAAAGACAUACAGUUGGAGCUAGACAAAAUCUUUCAAACUUUAAGCAUUCUCAAGGACAAGAACUCGCACGGAGCAUCUCAUGCAGUGACGUCGAGGAUCACAAGUAUUCAAGAGGCCUUUAAAGACACUGAAAGGUCAUCUGGGAUCAAUGGUGAUGGACUUAGGCAAAGCAGCUUACCACAAGGAGAUAUAAGAAACCGUGAUGAGCCUCUUGCGACCCGACACAUUGAAAAACGGUCUGGAAAUACAACUUUUGGGGGAUUUGGUGGGGCUUUAGUGGUGGCUGAAACUGCAGCGCUUGCUGCUGCAACAUUAUCAAGUCAAGGAGCCCGAGUGCCUAAGGCAACUAUAGAAGAGGAACCCGAAAACUGCUCUCAAACAGAAGUUGAGUCCUCAAGAAAUUGUUCAGGAGUCUCAAAGCUCCCCCUUCAAAUUUGUCUCGAUGAAGCCAAAGUGGAUCCAAAGACUUUGGUCGUCGAAAAGGAGCUUAAAAUAGAUAAGCUGACUUUAGAAAGUCAAAAAAUUAUGGACUCUGUCGUGAAUUUGCCAAAAUGUGAUAAUCCAUGCCCCCAUUCUCAUUCUGGUAGUUGUCAAAGCUCACAAAGUUUUAUCUCUUCCGAUUGCAGUCAUUGUUGCAACCCAAUUUGUUCCCUUGACAGCGUUAGUAAUCCCAGCUAUUGCUCCUUGGGAUCAGACUGCUCAUACCAAUUACAAGGUAGAGUCAGAUCGCAAAAGCAAGCUGUCCCAAUUGAUCUGGUCCACUCUUCGGUAUCAUUACCGGAUCAAGAAUCGGAGAGGGACCCUUUCGAAAUCUGCCAGAACGGGUCAAAUAUUUAUGCGCAAAAAGGAACAUCCAACAUCCCACCAUAUCUCUUUGCCUCUAGUGGCCACUUAGACAGGGAAUUUACCAAGCCUGAGCAGGUGAUAUGUUUUAAGCCGUCUCCACAUUCAUUGGACAAGGACACGUAUGACUCAAACUAUCUCAAAUCUAAAACCUCUUCAGUUAACCCUGAUCUUCAUGAUACACGAUCUGGUCAUGAAAGAACGCACAGAAUAAUCAUAAAUUUAGACGACAAAAAUAGGUUUACGGACGAAGUCACUGUUUAAUUACCUUGACCAAAGUUUUGAAGUGUACGUAUGCCCGUAAAAGUUCCCUUGAAGCGAUUUUGCUGUGCAAGCUUUUUAUAUUGAUUGUGGCCAUAUAUUUGAAUGAGCAUCCCAUAUCGUUAAAAGGCAAAUGCAAUGGAUUAUAGAAGUGCAACGUGUUUGAAAAUGUAUCGACGCUAGUGUAGUGAAAGCAAUUGUUGAAACUGUGUAACUAUCUCAGGGAUGAUGUGACAAUGCAGCAAACGAAUAAAUACAUCCAAAAGCUCUGA